AUGGAAAAUCUCGACUCUCAUUCUAAUCCAUAUCCAUACGACACAACACGCGUCAGCGAACUUCUCAAACGCAAGCGUCGUGUCCGUGGUAUCAAGUCUUGUUUUCCUUGUCGGCAUAGGAAAGUCAGAUGUGAUGGUGAAUUUCCAUGUGAGAGUUGUGUGAUAAGAGGUCACCCUGAGCUUUGCUGCGAGCCUAAUCCUGGAACGAAUGGUGGCUCACGGGCUGGACCGGUUGUUUCUGAUCGUCAGGUUAGAUCUUAUGAAAGCCGUUCUUUGAAUAAAGUUCUAGACGGAGGCCGAGCCGAGGAAGAUGUUAUACGGGCAGAAAAGAGUCGCAGUAUACCCGAAAAGGAUCACGCCGAAUAUGAAAAUGAGCAUGCUACAGCUCAUACAGCCGGCAUCGACCUCAUGAUCAAACGACUGGAAAAUAUCGAAGAGCAAAUCUCUUCUCUCAAAGCAGAUCUUCAACAAAAUCGUUACAGCACCAGCAUGAGGCCUGAGCCAGUCAGUCCUCAGGCCAGCCCAGAACGGCCCAAUCGGUGCUCAACUAGGCCUUUUGUUCCCGCAAAAUCUUCAGGGAAACAUUUCAUCGAGAAUGCCACAGGAGCCACCAUCUUCUUGGGUAGUCAUUCUGACUCACCGGCAGCAUUGGGCUGUCGAAGUGUAUCUGGUGACGCAAUGCUCUCUGGUAACCUUUUCUUGGAUCAAGUCGUGCCUCGGACGUAUCCAUUUACGAGCCUGUGGGGACCUGAUGUUGACGCAGGUGAGGUCUGUCGGACCCUUCCUGACGAUUCCGAUAUCAUUCGGUAUUGGCAGAUCUAUCAAACAACCGUCUACCCAUUCUACCCAGCUCUAGUAACGCACGAGCAAUUUAAUUCCUCUCUCUUUGCAUUUCUCGACCGACGAGCCGGACUUCAACUCGAGAACGAGACAACGAAGUUUGAGGAUCUAGAUUCUUCAUGGCUAGCACUAUUGUUCGCUGUGCUAGCGUGUGGGGUUCAAUUCUCGAAUGAUCCGAUCAAGGAACUAGAUCUACGAUCCAAGGUUUUUAUCUGUUCGUCUUUUCAGUGCCUUCGCAACUCAAACUUCUUCAACAAUACAGACAUGAAUCAGAUCCAGGCCAUGGCAUUGAUAGGUCAUUGUCUACGCAACAAUCUUGACACAAAUAGUGCUUGGAUUUUGAUGGGUGCGACAAUGCGUCUCGCGCAAAGUAUUGGACUGCAUGAGGAGACCCUUCCACCAGACUCACCAAGCGCAGCAGCCAAUCAUUUCCAAAGAAAGCGACUCUGGUGGAUGCUCCUCUGGCAAGACACCUUUCUCUCCUUCACCUACGACAGACCCCCGAGCAGAAUAAAACCAAGCAGCAGCAUCCCAUACGACCAUCCAACCGGGGAAAGACCGGCUUAUCACUCAUUCGCCGAGUCAGUCUUCAAACUAUGUCAAAUCCUCCUCGAACGCGCACGAAAAGACGAAGAUGUUGAAACCAAAACCGCAAUAGUAGCCGACAAGCACCGCAUAGAGGAAAUUCUGGACAAAGAUGUUGCUGCACCAUUCCUUCUCCAUAAAUCCCGUUGCCGUACCCUCCAGGAUCAUCUUGAGAGGCUAGCACUGCGGAUUCAUGUUUGUUAUGGUAUUACGAGGCUUUGUCGACUGACGCUGGAGACAACAACUCCAGAUGGCAUCGAUGCAGAAACACUGAAAAAUGAAUGUAUAGCCCGCGCAGCAGAAGCGGUCGAGUCAUUCCUGGACAUGCACCGUCUCUCAUCAAUUCUCUGUCGUUCAUGGGCAUUUGUUCACAACGCCGUGAGCUGUGCGCUUACGCUGCAGAGUCUUGGGGCCCCUGAAAUAUAUAUUCCUAGUUCGGAAACACUAGUAAAGCGAUUAGUGGUUGUUCUUGAGCGUGAGGAAAGUCAGUCUUCGUGGGAGGAUAGUGAUACUAAUGUGAGGUAUUUUGGGCCUUAUUCACGGGGACUAAGGGCUUUGAGGGACACUCUUGUUUGGGGAUUUCAAUAG